GCCAUCGAAGGAAAUCUAAGAAGAGCAGGCAACCAAGAAAGCAACUUCUCUACAGCGUGAAACUAACUUCAAGGCAUCAUGAAGACUUUGACUCUCCUCUCCAUCUUUGCUCUUCUGUCUGUGUGCUGGUCCAUGGGAGCAAUUGAACCAGAGGUUGUCGUGGACCCCGCUGCUGACACAGCUGUUGAAGCUUCACCUGUAGACGAGGCUGCUGCGGAUGCUGACCCUAUGGAUGCUGACCCUGCGGAUGCUGACUCUGCGGAUGCUGACCCUGCGGAUGCUGACCCUGCGGAUGCUGACCCUGCGGAUGCUGACCCUGCGGAUGCUGACCCUGCGGCUGCCGCCACCGAUUUAGCCUCCACUCCGGACUCUUCCUCCUCCUCCGAGUCCAUCUCUUCCUCUGACUCUUCGGCAUCUGAUUCUAACUCUAACUCUAACUCGUCCUCCUCCUCUUCCUCCUCCUCUGAAUCUUCUUCUUCUUCUUCUUCCUCUGAGUCCUCUGAGUCUGACUCUUCUGCCUCUGAUUCUUCCUCUUCUUCUUCUUCUUCUUCUUCAUCCUCUUCAUCUUCAUCAGAGUCAGCCAGUGCUGAGGCGUCUCAGGUGGUCAUGAAGAGAGACCUGGCCGCUGUUCUCCUGAGGAGAAGACGAGCUGCACCAGGAGGAUACCUCACCCCUCUGCAGCUGGAAAGCCUGAAAGAAGUGUGUGAGCUGAACAGAGGCUGUGACGAGAUGGCUGAAACUGCAGGCAUCAUCGCCGCAUAUGUCGCCUACUACGGACCCGUCCCCUUCUAAGAUAAAGACUCCUCUUUCAUCCACAUGAGAACUGUUGUAUCUGUUAUUUUGUAAUAGAACGGUGCAACUCCCCUGAAUCCUGAAAAGGAGCAGACAAUCAAAAGUUUGACCCAUGUUAUGAUGCUCAAUGGAGAUUUUUUUUAAGGCACAAAUCUUUGCACAAGUGACGAGCUUUAAUGGUCCUGUAUGAAGAGGACUCUUCCAGGCUUUUAGAGAGGCACAUGGAAACUAAAGCCUGUGAAGUAACCCACACAAGAUACCAUUCUUAUUCACGUCUGUGGUAUAAGGCAAUGAAUGGUGCUACAAAUGCAGAUGUAUUGUAUAUUAAUGUAUUGCUGUUUUAUGUCAUGUUUUAGUCCUAGAAGUAGUAGUUCUAGAAAGUAGUUGAUGUAGUAAUGAGAUACUGUAGUUUUAGUAGUAGUGUAUUGAUAGUGGUAGUUGUAGUGUACAGUGUGUAAAAUGCACGUCAGUUAUCUGUAAUGAC